UCUUUCCUGCUGCUGUGCGAGACGGAGCACCCCAAACCCUAACCAAACUAUUUGUAUUCGGAUGUGAAUCCAGUUACAAUAUACUACCUACUAACUUCAAUUUCGUUUGCAAGAAUUAUCGGGUGUACAUGUGUACACCCAUGUCCUAUGCUGGGUCCGCCCCUGCCGCGCACAAGAUCUCAGGUCACUGCAAGUCCUGAUGGCAUCCAUGCUGCGCUAGUUUACAGGAAUUACUAGUUUAUAUAUCAAAAUGAUUAGGGAUUAGUAGGUUCUGUUAGCAGGACUGCCAUCUACAAAAUCUGCUACGCAGUUUUCACAUACCCGAGCAAAGACAGAUGUACCUGCUAACUAGUUUUAUCAAAUGGGCAUAUUUGCUUGAAUUUUGUACUUAGCUAUGGUAUGUUUGCAGUCAUUGAUAGAUGUCUUCCAUGGAAGCAAAUCUGGUGCAAAACAAUCCAUUUAAAUCCCCCAAACUUGGACAAUCUUGGAUAAAACUGGAGCAUUGUUGUUUCUUCAAAAAAAUGAAGAGGAGAAGGAAACUUGCAGGAUGUUGGAGUCCACCCCUCGGUAUCCCAAACUGAUGGCAGAUAGAGAGCGACGAACAGUGUUUGUCACUGUGGGGACCACAUGUUUUGAUUCUCUUGUCAUGGCGGUAGAUUCUCCAGAAGUGAAAAAGGCUUUGUUGCAAAAAGGCUAUACCGAUCUUCUUAUUCAAAUGGGCCGAGGGACAUAUGUUCCAGCUAAGGUGUCAGGAGAUGCAACCCUUCAAGUUGAUCAUUUCAUGUUUUCACCAAGCAUUGCUGACAAUAUGAGAACAGCUUCCCUAGUUAUCAGCCAUGCAGGUUCAGGAAGCAUAUUCGAGACGCUACGACUUGGCAAACCUCUAAUCGUUGUUGUAAAUGAAGAUUUGAUGGACAAUCACCAGAGUGAGCUUGCAGAAGAAUUGGCUGAAAGGAAGCACCUCUUCUGUGCACACCCACAAACACUGGGAGAGACCAUCCAAGCAAUGGACCUAGGGACACUCGUUCCUUAUGUGCCAGGGGAUGCCGAACCAGUUGUCACCGUGAUCAACAAAUUUCUUGGAUUUCCAGUUGACUGACAAGUGAAGAUAGGCAGUAACCCCCCUUAUCUGUUCAAACAAAAUGGAUUGACUGAUUGACUCACAUGGCGCUCUGAUGAUUUCAUAUUGUUGUACAAUAAUAGCAAGGUGAUCUUUCUUGUCAUUGGGCAUAAUUAGGGACACAAGGUUUAUUGUCACGUAAUUUUGUUUCUCCAGUGAUUAACUGCACUGAUUUUCAGUUCUCUCAAUCCAUGUCAGCAUUAAGCAUUCCUGUGGUGCUAGAUAGCAAAAACUUUCUUGCUUGUGAAGUCCAGUAAGAAUUGAAAAUAAUUAUAUUCUUACGCGAACAAUUUGUAAAAGUUGACCUGUUUGGCGAUGGGAUAUUGAUUCUCAGCGAGAACAUUAUGAA